UUAUUUUAUGUAUUCGAAAAGGGAAGAAUGAAAACUCACCCGGAGGCCAUUUUAAAAAAAUGUUUUAGUGAUGUUAUCUUUUAAUAUAUAUUUUUAAACUUGUAUCUCGUUGGAAUAUCGCAGUUUUGGAAACGUUUCAUUUUACCUCAAUGUCUGUGUUUGAUACCUGACUCUAUUCGGGGGGCUAAUGCCAUCUCUUUCGUUAAUACGGCUACAGACUGUCUACAGAGAAGUACAGAAAGGCUAGCAGACAGACAGGAAGUGGUAAGCGGUAUUUAAAUAGCUGCAAAACACGGACCGCCGUCGCUAUAUCAGCUAACUAACGUCCACGUCGAGAGCUUCAUGCGGGUUUGUUUGAGUUUCCUUUCCUGUUGUGAAACGGCAUCAUUUGCAUUGAUCCCCUGACCUGACAGCAUGGAUAACACGGACCCUGAUGCUGGGGAUUCGCUAUUUAAGCAAAUAUUGUUCUCAGCGGUAUCACAUGAUUGGAGAGUUGCUGUGCAAAGAAAAACCUGAUAUUGUCUUACUGCAGGAGGUGUGGAGUGAAAAGGACUAUCUCUUUUUAAAAAAGAAACUUUCCUGCACUCAUCCUUACACUCACUAUUUCAAAAGUGGAGUCAUAGGCAGCGGGCUGGCUAUUUUUUCUAAACACAGAAUCCACGACACGCUUCUUCAUCGCUAUUCACUCAAUGGUUAUCCCUACAUGGCUCACCAUGGGGACUGGUUCGGUGGAAAAGCCGUCGGCAUGGCGGUCUUAAGCCUUGGCAACCUGACUGCGAAUGUUUAUGUUACCCAUCUGCAUGCAGAGUAUAACAGGGAGAAGGACUCUUACCUUGCUCACCGGGUGGUUCAGGCCUGGGAAUUGCAGCAGUUCAUUCGUCACACAUCUGCUGGAGCGGACGUGGUCAUUCUCGGCGGUGACCUUAACAUGCAUCCUCAGGAUCUGGGCAAUAGACUGCUGAGAUCUUACACUGGACUGAGAGACGCCUACGCAGAAACUGCAAAAUUUGAUGGAUGUGAAGGUGGUGUGACUCUUAUAGCAGACAAUCCUUUUAUUAGUCAAAAGGAGAUUUUUCCCUUUGAGAAGGGAAUUCGAAUCGACUAUAUCCUGUUCAAGGGAUCCUCUCGGGCUGAGAUUGGUUGUGAUUCCAUGUCAACCACCAAAGGCUCUGUUGCCGACAGUCCAUUCCCGUUUUCUGAUCAUGAAGCUCUCACUGCUGAGCUGAAGCUGGACUCCUGUGUUUCACCUCAGACUGGAAAUGACAAACCAUGCAAGAACCCGGACUCUGCAGGGAACCUGGCUGAGUUGGUUGACAUUGUGACUGAGGCUCGUACUGAAGUCAAAGUGGGCUUGCACUGUGCUGAGAGAAUGCGCUACACUGCAGCCCGUACUGGGGUGAUGGGGCUGGCCCUGCUGUUCCUGGAAUUGGCCAUCGCCGCGGUUCCCUGGUUCGCUCUGGGAGCAGAACAGCCCUUCCCACAAACCUCUUUCUACCUGCUGGCAGCGCUGUGUUUCGCCGUUCUGCUGACCACCUUUCUGCUCUAUAUCUUUUACACAAUUGAGAUCAAAUCUCUCCAGGGAGCUGAAGACCAGAUGAGGCUGGCGGUGGGUAGUUUGCAUGAAAAGCUCAGGGGGUUUCCUGCCACUCAGCCUCACUGUGCCUCCAUGGAGCCACCAGAGGGUCAGGAGCCCCCUGCCAGAGACCCAGAGGAAUAAUUUCAAAGUAAAAUGAAGCUUUUUUUUCAACUAAAAUGUAUGCUGAAGAAAAACACAACCAACAAUUGAGACAUUUCUGACAGUAGUACAUGAUGCAUGCGUCAUGUUGACACUUUUAAUCAUUUCUAGGCUUCAGGUAUCCUCCUUAGCACCUGCUGUGCCCACAUAUGCCUCCUUGCACAUAUUUUACACCUGCGUGGUGAUGCUGAGCUUUAAGACAUUCAUGUGAAUGUUUGUGUUUUUAAACUUCAGGUCGGCGUUGCAUUCCACCAGCACACAAUAUGCACAGGACCAUUUUGUUUCAAUGUUUUCCAUGUCGUGCUUUCUGUUGUUACUUAGAAAAAGCACAGUUAGUGAUUAAAUGCUAACAGAAAAACCUUUUACUGUACAGAUAUCUCACUCCAAAUGAUGAAGAGUUUACAUUUCACUUUCUGGGUAGUUACAAGGUGAGAAGACUGAUCUUUAAACCCAUUUGGGUUGUUUGCAGCUAAAUCCAAGGGGAAGGAGCAGAAUCUUUGUAUCAGUUCUCUGUGCUCAACCUCCUCUUCUAAAUGUUAGAGAUAAGCUACACUCCUCUAAACAUCCCUGUAUGUUCUGACUAUGCAAUAGAGAAUGUUCAAUGCAGUGACUUGAUUGUAAAAUGUCUUCUAAAGUCUUAAAUAUAGAUUAACCCUAUGAACUCCUUUUAUUAUUCUAAAAAUAAAGUGAUUUGAUUAUUUUUAUCAUGCUCUAUAACCGUGUUAUGAAGUUGGUAGUUCUCUGUUUAAAAAUAGCAUUCAAAUCAAAUGAAGUAAAUUCCUAAUGAAAACUGUGAUGCAAAUAUUUGAAGCAAUAAAAAUCUUUUACAUGCUG